AGGACGGCAUUUUACGUCGGCUCAAAAAAAAUUGCUGCAAGGUGUUGUAGAUGCCAGAGGGACACAUUAAGAGAUCAGAAAGAAAAACAAAAUUUCACAGCGAAAGUUAAUACUUGUUUCUCUAACAUUGCGCUCUAAAUGUGCAAAUUGUGAGGAACUGCCGUGACUGUAUUUGAAGUAAUGAAUUCUCAAGAACCCCAUCAAGCAAGGAGCCAGGAUACCCAUCCCAUCACAGAGGAUGAUUCUGUUGAAUGUAAUGAAAUUGCUUUUCUGGUGGGGGAAGAUGGACAACUGCAUUCCCUUCAAGAGGAGAGCCAUAAGGAUUGGAAUCCUGAGAACAGACUCAUACAGAAAAAUGGGAUCCAAAAUCAUAGAAAUGGCUUGGCUAAGGAGUCCUAUCUACCACACCCAGCCAUCAUGCAAAAUAUAGAAAAUGUGAAUGGAGACAAUCAGGAUUGGGGAUGUACUGCAGUUAACCAAAAGAUUAAAGAAUCUGGACCAGUUCUGUGGUCAGGUAGUUCUGAAUUGCCUACUGUUUACCAAUUCACUGCUUUACAGGAUUCCCCAGUAGUGGACAGUCAAAUUCAAAACCAUCAUUCAGGUGACAUGGUUUGUAACAUUUGUGGUAAAAGGUACAAGUACAUGUCUAGUUUCUGGAAGCAUAGAAGAGAUCAUGAAACAAAAGGAGAACUUGUCACCGCUUUCAGCUGUAGACCUGAUGCUGCGAAUAAAGGUAUCGGAGAUAGAUUUAGAAGAUUAUGUCCUCAAAGGGAAAUUAACCCAGAGUCAGGAUUCAAGCCACUUAUGAUGAAGAUGGAAAAAGCUAAUCCCACCAAUUUUCAUCAUUUGCCACAGUUUGAUUUCUGCUCAUACAGAAAUUGGCCUCUUUCAGAUUCAUGGCAAGAGAAAUUUCACAACAAAGGAUGCAGUUCUGUGGCCAUCAGGCCAUCCGUUAUAAAGACAGAGGAAGCUAUUCCCUAUUGUAUAAUGGGAAAAGUAAGUCCUCCAUCAAAUUUCAACAUUACCUCAAGUGAUCAUCUCCCUGCAUUCCAACCAAGGCCACUUCCAGAUUACUUUUUUUCGUGUGAUUUUUGUGGGAAGAAGUACAAAUACAAAUCCAGUUUCUGGAAGCACAUUGAAGACCAUAAAAACUAUGUUGUUGAUAGUACAGUUUCAGAUCAAGGCUGGCAUCAAAUAACUGGAUCACAGCUGACUGAGAAACAAGCUGAUAAUACUGAACGAUUGGUUAGAAAAGUUGUAAUUGAUGACCAACAUUAUAAUUCGCUGCCUAUAAGAGACGACAAACAGCAAGUGCAGACUGCCAACAAACAAUGUCAUCUUGAUUUUGACCACAAGCACAGGCUUCACAACGAUCCCAUUUGUGAAUCAGACUUAUCCAUAGGUCAGUUCAAUAAUAUCUGUCAAUUGUGUGGAGUAAUCUUUUCACGAAAGAGUGGCUUGGCAGACCAUAUUCAGUUUGUACAUCAGAGGUGUAGGCCCCAUGUAUGCAUACUGUGUGAUCAAAAGUUUCGACGACCAUCAGAACUCAAGAGACAUGUUGAACGGCACCAUGACAAUUGCUUAACUGAUGUCCAAAUUAGCAAUGUUAAAUCUGUGAAAAGCAUGUGCAUUGUUGAAAAUGGGCUGUUAAAAUCACCAGAUGAAGUGAAAUUUGUCAAAGAUGCUAUCAAUCAGGUUAAAACUGGCCGAAGUAGGACUGAGAGAAACAAAAAGGCAAUCAAAAGACCUAAGAGAGUGCACAGAUGCAGCCUUUGUGGGAACAAGUACUUGUAUUAUUCUACUCUUUGGAAACACAGGCUUAUGCAUGGAGGGAAAAAGAAACAUUUCUGCCUACUGUGUGGAUCAGGCUUUUUCAAGUCAAAGGAUUUGGACAUUCACUUCAAGUCAAUACAUCUUCAGGCCUUUAAGUUCAAGUGUCCACACUGUGAAAAAGGUUUCAAUCGACCUAUUGAUGCUCAAAAGCACAUCAUUAUUAGGCAUACAGAUUUGAAGAACUUUAUUUGUCGAAUUUGUAACAGAAACACAGAGACAGCUUCUGCACUGCAGACUCACAUCAAAAAGUACCACUCCCCAAAAUUCCCUUGCACUCACUGUGAUUUUCUAUCGGGUAACAAAUUGCAAUUUUAAAGACACAUGGAAAAACACUGAAAUAAUGUGACACAGACAUGUGGGACCUGAACAUGGAACUUUCUCGGAUAAAUGCUGAUGAAGGAAUGUGUUGAGAGACAAAAAGAAAACUGCAGAUGCUGGAAUCCAAAAUAG